GCCGUGUGUUCGUGAACGGAUUUGUUUUUGCUAGUACUGCUUCAAACUGUUGUAUUUUGUGCAUAAUUUGCGAUAGUAGAAGGUGCCGAAAAUUUGUUGUAAGCUGAACAUCUGCUGUUGAUUUAUGAAUCAGAUGUUCAACUAACACUAUCGUACAGCAUCCAAAAGGCAGUGUUCCUAGUUUUAAUAAUCAGUAUAGUUGUGAACGUCAAGGAAUUCCCGCUGUGUGCGCUGCGGUCGUUUCUUCUCGGCAAACAUCGACAUAAUCAUCAGCAUCGUCAUUGAACAGCAGCAGUAAAAAUCGUCCAUCUUUGAAUCGCCGCCUGCUGCUAGCUCUCGAUCGUCUAUUCGCGUUCACAUUCGCAUUCGUGUCUCGUGUGCUGUGAAGUGCUGAAGAAGGAUUCUCUUCAUUUCAAAGUGAAAGCGGAUAUUACCCGAGUGUGUGUGCAAAGGAAGCAAAGUGGCAGAGGGAAAAAAUCCGUUCGUUUCCCGUUUAUCCACGGUUAAUGGUCAGAGUUUGUGCAAAGUCACCCAGUUUCGGUAGUCAGAGAAAAAGUUAUUGAAAGUGUCCUAGUGUAAAGUGCUGAGGAGCAGCUCAAAUUGUCACCAAAAAUGAGCUGCCCGAUGCCCGAGAUUGGUUCCUGCAUUUCGCUGAUUUCGAAAGCCGAUAUCCGUUAUGAGGGCCUCCUGUUUACGGUGGAUCCGGACCGUUGCACCAUCGCUCUAGCCAGAGUGAAAUCCUACGGCACGGAAGAUCGCGAAACGCAAUUCCCGAUUGCACCGCAGAAUCAAUGCUAUGAUUACAUCUUAUUCCGCGGGUCGGACAUCAAGGACAUCCGCGUCAUCAACAACAACCCGGUACCGAAUGAUCCGGCCAUCAUGCAGAUGCAUUUGCCACCGCAGCAACAGCUGCCGCCGAUGCAGAACAAGCUUGGUCAGCCGGGUUUCCAGCCGCAGCCCGGUUUCAUGAUGCCUCAGAUGGGCCCGGGACCGAUGAGUGGACCUCCACCCGGUCACCAGCCACUGGGACAGCCGUACAGUUCCUUCGGUGGAAUCAAUAAUCUCGGAGAUUUGAUUGGAGCCGGAGCAAAUACUAGUGGAUCGCGUUCAACUACGCCGAGUAAUUUACUGGCUCGCAAGAGCCCAACAGUAGACAUGGGUGUCCAAACAAACCAACAGCAGCAGCAGCAGACCCAGAGUGGUUCACAACAAACUAAUAAUCGAGAUACAAAUCGCAGCGGUGGUGAUGGUGGAAAUAUGGACCGUACCAACAACCAACGCAAUCGAAACAACAACCAGCGCAAUAACAAUAUGCAACGGGAAAGACGUGACUCGACGAAGAAUGAUGGUGGACAGAUGAAGGAUGGUUUCAAUAAGCAGAACAUGCAAAGACAAGGAAACCAGAACAACCAGAAUCGUGGUUGGAACAACCGUGGCAAUAAUCAGAACCAGAGCAAUAACAUGCGUGGACGUCCCCGUGGCCGUGGAGGUAUCCCACAGGGACUCAACCGUGCUAAGAAUCUACUUAAGUUCGAGAACGACUACGACUUCGAGCAGGCCAACAACAAGUUCGAGGAGCUCCGUUCCCAGCUGUCUAAACUCAAGGUGGGCGAUGAAGUGAAACCAGAGCAGUUAAACAGCGACACCAUUGACAAGAAAGAUGACUCGGGCAACGAAACCGGUGCCGGUGAACACGAGCAGGAAGAGGACGAAGUUGUGUGCUACGACAAGGCCAAGUCAUUCUUCGACACCAUCUCGUGCGAAGCGAUCGAACGUGCUAAGGGUAAACAGCAGCGCACGGAUUGGCGACAGGAGCGCAAGCUAAAUACCGAGACUUUUGGCGUGGGAUCAACCAGGCGCGGAGGCUACAACAGGCGCGGCGGAUACUAUAACCGUGGUCCGAAUCACUAUCGCGGUAACAACCAAUACCGUAAUAAUUACCGAGGACGUAGCGGUAAUCGCAACAAUCAACCCAACGGUCUUCCUCAUAAUAAUGGCGGUAGUCGCAACACUGGCAACAGCAACAGUAACAACCAACAGACACAGCCUCAGCAACCCCAGCAACCGCGUCUGCAAUCACCUCAAGCGCAGCAACCGGCUGCCAUCGAAGUUGGAGCAGGCAAAUAAUGCUAUACAACACCUGAUGAUAUACAGUUAGUUUUAAAAAGCUGACCAGAGUUCCGUUAAGCUUAUCACCAAAUAAAAAUAACGAAAGAAACAAAACAUCAGAUAGUAAAUAGCAUGUUCCUGUUGCAAAUAAUAAAAAGAGCAAAGUCUGCUAACCGAGCUGUAAGGAUUAGCACGAAAUUUAACAUCGAUAAACCUGCCGACGGUCACCUGUUGUUUAGCUGAGUGCCAGCGUUAACCCACCGUAAACUUUCCUUCGUUGAAUCGAUUGGUCCGCAGAGAUGGCGUACCGAAUUGUUACCCCGCUUAUGUCUGACAUACAAAUCAUUUGAUAAAGUCUAGACAACAAGAAUCAUUACUUUCAUCCCAGCAAAGUGCAGAUAGUGAUAGAGAGAAUGAUUGUACUGAGUACAUCCCUCGAUGGUUUCUGUUUAUGGACUCGAUAAUCUCUAAAAAACGAGGACAACGAUAACCGUAUGUCCCCAAAACAAAUCGAGGCGUAAAAAGAGAUCGAGGAGGAAGUACAGUUCGAAAAAAAGGAAGACAACACGGAAUGGAAUCGCUUAUCUUUCCCUUUGAUUCAACGCAUCGAUGAUUGAGAUAUUACGUACGCACACACACACAUACGUUCUUGGAAGGCAUGGGCAGAUGUUAAUUUUUCUGUUGCUGGUAACAGAAAAAGGUGCAAAUUGAUAGAGACUUUGUAUGGCACACGAAACCGUACCACGUGUAACAGUAGGGGAUUUGCAGGGAUUUUAUUUAAUUUGCUCGUGUGAUUACUUCAAAAAAGUACUGCGCUAAGCGUAGGGUAAAAAUUUAGUCGUCUAUGGCAGAUUUUUAAACUAAAUUGGUAAAAAAGGAAACGGAAGAUGAUCAACAUUAAACUAGGUGUAAUAUAACGGAACCAAACGCAGGAUUAACGGAAUCAACAUUUUGUAUUUCAUGUAGUUCAACGUAGGUGAACGAUCAACCCUCUUGUGGGAAAUUGAAUAUUCAUUAAGAUAUAAUUGAUGAAAACGGAAGCAAGUUUACAAUGAAGUUCUACUCCUCUCAUCGGAAGAGGAAACAAAAGUGCGAGUGAAAAUGGGUGAGUAAUGGACCGAAAUAAUUUGGAGUUUCAAGCUGAAGAUUAGAGAAGCGAUAGUAUGUUAGUUGGAAUGAAGAGAAGCUGCGAUAAUGAAAAUCGGGAGAUGAAAUAGACAAAUUCAGCGGGAAGCUAGCCGAAACAUCAGAAUGUCACUGUAUGUUAGCAAUUUGUUCAGUAAGUUAUUUGGAUUGAAAUGGUUAUUCAUUUGUUUGAAGAAGUUGAAAAUGUUUUUUUUUCGUUAUCGUUCAAUAUUCAGAUUAUUAUUUUUCCUCUUUCAAUUUCUUCAAAUUUUACUACUUUUAACAUAACCGUGCAUGUAUUUUUUGGAAAGCAAAAAAUUUUCUUUUUUCUAACUUAAUUUGUUAGCUUCGAGCUAGUGGCAGUGACAAAAUUCUCGGCAGUUUCCCGCGACCAAAGCAACAACUUAUUGAAAGUUAUAUCAGCAGGUAUACCCGUAAUCUCUCAUUACAUUUCGCAGGUUUGUAAUAUCGAAGAAAAUAAAAAACAAAACCUAUGUAAUAAUUAUGAUUAUGAUAAUAAUAUUGAAUAAUUAUAAAUAUUAUAUUUAGUAGAAAAACAGGAAUAAGUUAUUUCACACAAGCUUCAGACAUUGAGCUAUGUAGAGGAGAACCAAAAGUCGGAAUUCAAAUCAAUCUACAACCAAUCACAUAAAACUGUCCUUUGCAUAGACUCCUUCUACGUGAACCUAGGGGAAAACAAUAGACAAACCUUUAAAGUAACUAUUAGUUUGUAUGUCUGGUUGGUAAGAGGUGUAAUUAUUGAAUUUUACGCCACAAAAAUGCGUAUCGCAAAAAAGGAAUGUAGGUACUAAAAGAAGGCUAAAACUCCUGGAUCGCCAUAAGCGCUCCUAACUGCCGACAUCGGUGAUAUUCCAGGAUGAUUCAAUGAAAUAAUGGGAAUGUUAUAAAGCUAAGGAUCCAGUCAUUGGAAGAAGAAGGCAAAUCUGUAAGCGGAUAAAGCGGAUGUUUUUUCUGAUUUAGAGAAAUACAUUAAAACGCAGAUACCUAUUAACUAAAUGUAUAAGAAUGUUUACAAGGACGGUGAAUGAAACAUUUUUACUAGAAUUCGCCAAAUGUGACGAUGUUUGGAAUGCAUACCUACUAACAAAGAGAUAUCGAGAGAUGAGCGCGAGAGAGAAAACGUGUUAUGAAAGCAAGAAACGUACACGAAAUACCGUUCUCCACCUAGCUAUGAUUAUAACUGGUCAGAUCACAAUCUAUUAUGAACAAGUAAAAUUGGUUUGGAAGAUCAAGUUUUUUAUUUAUUCAUUUAUUGAAAUAUAACGGCUUUUAUUUACGUUUAGUUUGAAAUUAUAAUACUCGAAGAGUUUGUCUAAAAUAGCAGUCCCUAAUACUUUUUAGUAUACUGCAAAUUCCAAGCCAGCACAAUCAACGGAAAUCAAAAAUUUGAUACGAAGCUGUUCAUUAGAAGAAAGUGAUUUUAUCGAUUUUGUUUGAUUGCCAUUUAAAAACAUCAUUUCAAAAGUGGAUUUGUGAACAGAUUGGCGUAUCUUUUCAGCAGGUGCGUCGAAAACAAAACAAAAAACUCAAUAAAAGUCAUCGGUAAAUUUAAAAUCCACUGCAAAACUACCAUAUCAUUUAUUUGAUUGAAUGUAAACCAACCAAAUGUGUUAAAUUUAAUUUCAGCUGAAAAUUUUUAUACAGGGAAGUGCACAAACUACGUAACCCCACCAUGCUAACCUUAUCCGCUCGUGUAUACAACAGAUUAGCGCACUCCACUCCUUUAGUAAACCAUAAAACAAAAUUCAAUAAGGCUGCUCAUUUGGUAGCAUGUCAGACAAAGCACGAGCGUGUUGGUUCAACAACUUUGGCUUAGACAUGUUUAUUUUAGCUGACCAUGAGAGUAUAAUUAUAAAUGAAGGAUUGGCCUGUCGAUGAGUUACGCAGUUUGUAAACAAUCCCUACGGAUAUCGCACGUGACCUGUUAUUUGAAAGAACCGGAACUGAAAAUAUACUAAACGGAGAUGACAUUCCUAGAUGUCCUAAUACAUAAAACAGCUAAAAUAUUAGAGCGGAGAACAUAAAAUAAAAUAGAAAGUAACUCGGUCCAAUGUUUGCAGAAAGUGAAGCAUAUGUAGCUGUAAUUUUAAACAAACAAAACAAAAAAAUAUAGCAAAGGCUUAGAUAGCCUUAUUACAUAUGUAAAAGUAAAAGGAAACAAAUUAUUGUCGCUUUUUGUCUGACGGAAUGAAUGCGUAAAUUAUGGUAACAGACGCAAUUAGGGAGAAACUGUUGGACAUGCAAUGAAUUUUUCGGUAGUUAUGUACUGCUAAAUUUGGCCAUAUACUUAUCAGUCCUACUUCUUACUGCAAAAUUUUUGAGGUGGUUAUUUUUUUAUUUUUCCAUGAACUAUUUUAAUUAUUGAUUUCUAGUUUCAUCUUUUGCAGGUAUGUAGUGUUAUAAAUAUUUUUUCUUGAAUUUUUGCAAUAAGUACAUACUUUCAAUGUAGUAAUAUUUGUAUUGGUUUCACUAGCAACAAUGAAGGCAAUUUCUCUCAAAUUUGCUAAUAGUAUAGUCAAUAACUUUUUAUGUCACCAGGAAACUCGUAUAAACCGUUUUUACUUUCAAGAAUCUAUUAGUUUGAAAAAUAACCGGACUAAACCCUACUAUUUGAAAGCAUUAUUUUUCUUAUAUAAACAUUUGUGAGAAAGGCAUCUAUAAAGUUGGCUGCAACGAAAAUUCCUAUUUCCUCCGAUAAUUUAUCUACUAGGAAACUGUAACAAAUAACAAACGUUUUGAUAGAGAAUAUUUGGUUCAGUCAGAGCUCCACAAAAGUCUAUUUUUCGCAAAACUAGGACAUGGAAAUCUAAAACAGUUUGUGUACGAAACAGAAGAUAUCAAACAUGUGGUCGAAAAAAAAAGAAAUAUUCAGGCAAAAAACAAAACUGCGGAGUUAAAAAAUGCACGUAAACUCUACGA